AUGUCAUCCCUCCUUUUGAUGGUUUUACUGUUGAUAUCGUCACUGGAUUGGGUUGCUGCAGGUUACCCCUUUUCCAGAAUUUACGCUCCAGCCUUUCAACAGAACUGCAAGACGCAUCAUCCAUUUAAUCAUCACUAUCAUCAGCACCAAAGGAAAAGGAAAUCAUUCCUACAUGUACAACCACCACAUCAGGGGGUCUUUCAGAGGGUAUCUUCCACAUCCUUGCAGCUACAAAGCAGCCACAAGAAGGAUACCCCUGACAAGAAUAACAACCACAAUCUACCAUCACAGCAACAAGACUCAUUAAAGAUACCCCGUCACGUGGCGCUCAUCUGCGAUGGCAAUUCUCGAUGGGCCAAAAAACGAGGACUUCCCUCUUCAGCAGGACAUGUCGCAGGCGCCAAUCAAUUGGUCAACAUUCUCGAUGCUUUGAAAGAGUCGGGAGUCGAAUAUGCCACCCUCUUUGCCUUUUCUACCGAAAACUGGAAACGACCGCAAUCCGAAAUUGACGAUCUCAUGCGCAUCAUGGAAGAAUCCAGUCACAAAUUCUACCAUAAAGCCAUGCGCGAACACGUGCAAGUACAAAUACUGGGUGAUUUGCAGGAUGCACGAAUUCCAGCGUCGUUACGACGUGCAUUGAGGAAAUUGCAGGACGAUACGGCCGUCAAAACAGCGCAAUCCACGCAACGACCACCCUUUACAGUCUGUUUUGCCAUUAAUUAUGGUGGACGACAGGAUAUCGUAAAUGCCAGUUUGAAAUUGGCUCAAGCCAUUGCCAAUGGCACUAUUGCACCCGAUCAAGUCGAUGAAGCACUGUUUGCUUCCAUGCUGUGCACUCGCGAUAUUCCCGAUCCCGAUUUGGUCAUUCGUACCAGUGGCGAAUGUCGACUGUCCAAUUAUUUGCUCUGGAAUAUCGCCUAUGCCGAACUCUACUUUUGCAAUGACAUCUACUGGCCCGAUUUUGAUCAAAAGUCUUGGAAUCGAGCGCUGCAAUGGUAUUCCCAACGAACUCGAAAAUUUGGGGGAAGACAACAACAACAACAAUCAGCGCAAGAAGAACGUCCUCCAAGGGCGAAUGGAGCCACGGCUUCACCCGUCGAGAAAACCAAGUAG